CGUCCUACCUGGAAAAUUUCCGUUACUAUUUUCAAUUUUUAAAACCCUAGUAUUUUUCUUGAUUCGACAAAUUCUUUCUGGAUAUAUAUAGGGUGAAUUGAUUUUUCUUUUUUGCGCGUUUGUGAUUGUUCUGAGUGAGGAUUUCUUCUUGGCAUUUAUACGGCCGUAUACAGCUGUAUAGAAGACUCGAGUUGGAAUCUUGUAUGGAAACCCUAAUUGUUGUAUUAAAGCUCGAUUCUUGGGUUUAUUAGUCAAAUUUGAAGCUGUUAAUUUUCAGAUUUGAGAUUGAAUAUUCGCUUGAUCUGUAUCAAUGGCGAAUCAAGAAGAUGAGGAUUUGAAGAUGGCGUUGAGGCAGAGCAUGCAGCAGCACGAAUCGCCGGAGCCAAAGAGGAGUAAACCCAGGGAGAAUUCCGGCGCGGGAGGGGGGGCGCCGCAGCCGGAGGAGUCUCCGGAGGUUAGGAGCCGCCGCAUACAGCGGGAAUUAAUGGCUGCCGCUGCUGCCGCAACAGCGGCCGAGAAUGUGGAGAGUGGGAGGGAUGUGAGAAUAGAGAAGCAAAUGACGGAGGUUAAAAGUGCUGCAGUGAAGAAUGUGGAGGGUGUGAAGGAUGUGAAAAUUGGGGGUUUAGAAGGUGACAGCAAAGGUAAAGGUGUCAAUCUGGAGAAAGUUGAGGGUAGAAGUAGCAUUUCUGGCACCUCCAUAUCGGUCUUGGAGGCUGAGAAGCUCUUCUUUAUGAUUUUUGGGAAUCGAGUUAGUAAGGAUGUACUUGCACAAUGGAGCAAUCAGGGUAUUAGGUUUAGUACUGAUGUGGAGACAUCUAUGGGGUUAGUGCAACAUGAAGGUGGGCCCUGUGGCGUGUUAGCAGCAAUACAAGCUUAUGUACUCAAGUAUCUUCUGUUUUCUCCAGAAGAAUCCAGUAGUAUUGCACCAAACAUGUCAUCAAGUUUGUCUAUCAGAAGAGUGACCAAUAAUGAAUCUGUUGGAGAUAUUUUCUCGUUUUCAGAAGGAAAAAAAUCAAGAGCCUUGGUAAGGAGUAUGACUGAGAUACUCUUUUUAUGCGGACGUAAUGAAAGAGCAGUACUAGCAUCUUUGAAUGUUCUGGAUGGUGUUUCUAUGGAGCGCGUGAAUGGUUCGGAGGAUGAGGUCAUUGCUAAAGUACUAGGAGGUCUUUCUGUUGAAUCUGGGUCUGACUUGCAGAAGGUUCUGAGAGUUGAUACCUGCACUUCGCGGUCGAGUGCACUUCAGAAGCUUGAAUCUAUGCUUCCUAUAUUCCGAAGUCGUAUGGGAGCAUUGCUUUUCCUAAUAUCCGCCUUGUUGUCCCGAGGACUGGACAAUGUUCAAGAGGACAGGGAUGAUCCAAGUCAACCAUUAGUGACUGCUCCCUUUGGACAUGCAUCACAGGAAAUUGUGAACCUAUUACUCUCUGGGAGUUCUGUUGCUAACGUGUUCGACGGGAAGAUGGACUUGGGCGGUGGCAUGUUUGUAAAGGGCAUCUCGACAACUGUGGAAGUUGGAUUCCUCACUCUUUUAGAGUCCCUUAACUUUUGUAAGGUUGGCCAGUAUCUUAAAUGUCCAAGAUGGCCCAUAUGGGUGGUUGGAAGUGAAUCCCAUUAUACAGUUUUAUUUGCUCUUGACCCAAAAGUCCAGGAGGAGAAUGAACUGGAAAAUAGAGAGACUCAAAUACGAAGAGCUUUUGAUGCCCAAGAUCAAAGUGGAGGUGGUGGUUUCAUCAGUGUUGAAGGCUUCCAUCAAGUUAUCAAGGAAACCAACAUUAACCUUCCGUCAGAGAAGGUUGCCCAUCUUUGUAGUACAGGUUUUAUUGUAUGGAGUGAAUUUUGGCAGGUUCUCCUGGAUUUAGACAAAAGUUUAGGAGGCUUGAAGGAUUCAACUGGAUUGAUGGGAAAGAAGGUGUUUGAUCUUUACCAUUUUAACGGCAUUGCAAAAUCAGUUGCCAAUGGCAGCCAUGGAUUUGGAAAUGAAAAUCCAAUACAGCGACCUAGACUAACAAAGUUGAGGGUUUCAGUUCCCCCGAGGUGGACACCUGAGGAAUUCAUGGCCGAUAUCCCAGUGAGCUCAGGCUUAGGUACAAAUCAAUCUGGUGGAGUGGAGAACUCAAGCGAAGUAUCUAAACCUCAACCUGCUCAACAUGCGCCCUUGGUUGAUUGCAUCAGAACACGUUGGCCUCGUUCUGUUUGCAAUUGGGAAGGGGACGCACCUAGCAUUGUCUGAUCGCUUUUUGAUUUCCCAUAAUGGUUGGGUGUGAAUUCUUGUAUCAUUGACGGGGUAAGAGAUGGCUCUCUGGCAGUUUUGGGUUAGAGCUUCCCAUGAGUGAAAAGUGUUGAAUCUGAUUGCUACUAUUCAUGAGAGAUGCAAAACUACAAUUUUUCAACUGUGCUGUGACAUUUAGAGUUUAAUGUGAUUUGGUGUUUGUCCAAUUGUCGGGGGGAAAAAGGACAUAUGUGAAUUUUAUUACUCUAACUUUCGAGUUAAGAAUUAUAGAGUACAUACCUUUGGUGUUGGUGGGUAUUGAUUAGGAAGGUGUUAUGAGAAAGUGGGCACAUCAACACAUCUUAGAGGUCAGUGUUUGUUGUUGUAAGUUAGAGCCCUUUCUCGGUCCAGUAUUGUUGACCAAACAACUUUCUUCUUGUCUUAGUACACCUAUUUGUUAAAGUUUUCAAUGGAUGUCGUCAAUUGUUAUA